GCGCAUGCGCGGAGCCUGAAGUGGGACGGGCUGCACGAUUGUCUUUCUUCACGGCUGUAAGUUUACUUUGCGGCUCAGCUAUACAGGCGCAAACAGCACAAGGCAGGGUGGGUUGCGGUUCUCUCGGCCACGUAAGCAAGCCAAACACGCCGUGCGUCUCCUUUUCUAACUAGCAGGUCAAGUUUGGAUGGUGGAUGGGGGUGACUUGUCAGUAAGUGAUGUCAUUGAGGUGGUGGGAGCAGUGGACCCUAGUGGGCUCAAACAGCACCACUGGGUCUAGCGGCCCCAACGACAAGACCUGCUUCAACAGCACGCAGAAUACCGUCCUGAAUGGAGGCAACUUUGGGGGCGUGCCAGUGGUGCUGCUUCUCAACUUUAGCUUCUUUUUGGUGUUGCUGGUCCUGUUCUCAAUUAUACGGAGGAAGUUCUGGGACUACGGACGCCUGGCAUUGGUUGCGGACAGCGAAGGGGUCAACGGGUCAGGACGCCAUCAGUACAAACACACCUCGUCCUGUGUGUCCAAUAUGGAUGACCUCGAGUAUGAAAUGGGCUUCUGUUCUUGGCUGCCUUUCAUCCUCAGAAUGGAUGACGAAAAAAUAAAAGCCAGAUGCGGCCAGGACGCCGUUCACUACCUGUCCUUCCAGCGUCAUCUGGUCAUCCUUUUGCUGGUCAUUACGGUCACCUCCCUCUCAAUCAUAUUGCCCGUCAACUUGACGGGUGACCUGCUAGGCAACAAUCCAAGGAGUUUUGGAAGAACGACUAUUGGGAAUCUCCAAAAGGGAAACGACUGGUUGUGGCUUCACACAGUUUUUGCCGUCCUGUAUCUUGGCCUCACUGUUGUUUUGCUGCGACACCACACAUCGCAAAUGAAAGGCAUGGGUCAAGACAUAGCACGAAACACCUUGUUUGUGACCUCCGUUCCAAAAACAGCGACAGAGGAAGACGUAAAGACACAUUUCACAGAGGCGUACCCCACCUGCCGAGUGUGUGCGGUCAACAUUGCCUAUGAUGUGGCCAAGCUCAUGCACCUUGAUAAGGAAAGGGUCCGAGCUGGAAAAAACCUGCGUUACUACGAGCGUGUUCUGGAGAAGAUGGGACACCGGGAAACAAUACAUCCCAGACUCUGCGGUUAUCUCUGUUGCUGCGUCAACUGUGACAAGGUGGAUGCUAUACAAUACUACAGCACCAAAGAAAAAGACCUGCUGGAGGAGGUCAGGCAGCAGGUGGAAAUGGUGCCACAGCGCCCCCUGGGGCUUGCCUUUGUCACCCUUCAGACUGAAGCCAUGGCUAAGUACGUUUUGAAAGAUUUCAAUGCGCUGGAAUGCGGCGGCACGAGUUGCUGUUGCGGCCGACAGCCUCAGCCAUCCAGCAAGAGCGCGAGUAUCAAAGUGAGGAAGUGGAGGGUCAGCUUCGCGCCCCAUCCCAAAAACCUCUAUUGGGACCAUCUGUCAGUCCAGGGCUUCUCCUGGUUCUUGCGCUACAUGAUGCUCAACUUCCUGCUUUUCUUCCUGCUCACCUUCCUCACCACCCCCACCAUCAUCAUCAACACCAUUGACAAGUUCAACGUCACCAUGCCCAUCUAUUAUCUGAAUAACCCAAUCAUCAGUCAGUUCUUCCCGACCUUCCUACUGUGGUGCUUCUCAGCACUGCUGCCCACCAUCGUCUACUACUCCACACUGGGGGAGGCCCACUGGAGCAGGUCCAGCGAGCAGCUGAGUAUGAUGCACAAGCUUUAUUUCUUCCUGCUCUUCAUGGUGCUCAUCCUUCCCUCGCUCGGACUCACCAGUCUCGCCUUGUUUUUCCGCUGGCUGUUUGACAAAGAAUUUCUAACGGAUGGGAAGCUGAGGUUUGAAUGCGUUUUCUUACCUGACCAAGGUGCCUUUUUCGUCAACUACGUGAUCGCGGCGGCCCUGGUGGGCUCGGCCAUGGAUCUGAUGCGAUUGCCUGGUCUGCUUCUGUACAUCAUCCGCCUAGCAUUUGCCCGCUCAGCCGCUGAAAGGAAAUACGUCAAACAGAACCAAGCCUAUGAGUUUGAGUAUGGUGCCAUGUAUGGCUGGAUCCUGUGUGUGUUUACAGUCAUCAUGGCAUACAGUGUCAUUUGUCCCAUUAUUGUGCCUUUCGGUCUCCUAUACAUGACGCUGAAGCACCUGGUAGACAAGCACAACUUGUACUUCGCCUACUUGCCGACACGUCUCGACCGCCAAGUCCACCUGAAGGCUGUCAAUCAAGCUCUGGCCGCGCCCAUCAUCUGCCUAAUAUGGCUUUAUUUCUUUUCGGUCCUUAGAACAGGUUUCUGGGCACCCACUUCUCUGUUUACCUUGGUUGUGCUUGUCGUCACCAUCCUCAUCUGCAUCAGCUACACCUGUUUUGGCCAUUUCCAGUAUCUCAGUCCGCACAAUUACACGGUGAAGGAGGAAGAUGAGGACACACCUGAGGGAGAGGAGGAAAACACCAUGGUUUACCUACCCAGAGUGCUGAAUCCCAAAUCGUCAGCGGAGACUCCAAAGGCGACUCAGGCCUGGCAGUCGUACGGUUCCGCAGAGGGCAGCCUGCAGCAUAGCCCCUCUCCUGAUGAGGACGACAUCACCGAACAAUCUUAGUUUGACAUCUUGCAUUAACCCGGCCAUCAAAGGACAUAGGGGUGUGAUGACAUUGUGUCAAAGAUUAACGCAGGGGAAAGGAUGCCAUUUGUUUGAUAUCAGAGGGACGUGUUGACAAGAAAGCAAACUUCUGGGCCUUUGUGAUUUGUUGCCAAAAAAAUAAGCACAUCAUUGUUUGAGGAAAAAGAAAAGUGGAAUGAAUGUCUUGAGAAAUGAUGAAUGACAAAUAACAAAUAAGCAUUACUGAUACCAAAGAUGUAAGUGAGCGAUUUAUGAUUCAAAUGGACCUCUGCCAAGGGGGGAGCACUUCAUGUUAUAAUAAUGCACUUUACGUCACACAUCUGUUAUUUAUGUACACGCUGAGUUGGGAUUACGAAUCAGACUUUUU